UUAUCGAAUUUCAAAAAGCAAUUACAUACAAUAAAACCAAAGAAGAUGCGCUUAUUAAUAGUACUUUGUUCAAUGGCUCUAGCCUGUGCCAACCAAUCCGGUUACAAUUAUCAGCCAGUGGGUCAUGGCUCAGAUAGCGUACCAAGUUAUGCCGCACCACAAAGUGGUGCUGAUUAUGCUGCUGGAUCACAAGCAGCACCUAGUUAUGCUGGUCCUCAAGGAGAUUUCGGUCAAGCUUCUCAUAACGAUGCUGCUUAUGCUCCUCAAGCUGAACUCGACAAGGAAUUUUUCACAUACAGUGUCAACGAAGAUGAUUUCAAUGAUCCCGCAGCUUCCAAUCAAUUAGGCAACUCUGUGAAACAAGGCCUUCGUGUCGUUUUCAUCAAGGGCCCUGAAAACAAGGGACUCGAAGAUGCUGCCCUUGCUUUGGCCAAACAAGCUGGUGAACAAAAGACCGCCAUCUAUGUGUUGAACAAACAAGCUGAUCUCGGUAACUUGGCUGACAAAUUGAACAACAUUAACAAGAAUAGCAACAAACCCGAAGUACACUUUGUCAAAUACCGUACUCCCGAAGAUGCUGCCAAUGCUCAAAGAGCUAUUCAAGGUCAAUACGAUUCAUUGGGAGGCCAUUCUAAUUCUCAUGAUGGUGGUGUGGCUCCUGUUUUGAACUUUGCCUCUAAAACACCUGUUAAUUCCCAUGGUGCUGCUUCCACUCCAUCUUCUUCAUACGUUCCUCCCACAUCUGAAUCUACUGUAUCGAGCCCAAGUGCCUCUUACCUUCCAUCAUCAAUUUUCCGUCGUUUACGUUUGUAAACAAUGUUAAAUUGUUACAUUUGCAAAUAGACUGAUCGUGACUGUUAUUGUUAAUUAAUGUUAAGCGAAUAAAUACAUUUAUAUAAGUAUUUUAAAUAUAA